AUGUAUCGCAACGCCUUGAGAACAUGCGCGACACGAUGCGCCGCAAAGCGCACCUUGCCCGCCGCGAGAACCUUCGCUUCCGCCUCUGAUGGCCCGGUCUUCAACUGGGAGGAUCCCUUGAACGCAAAGAACCUCCUGACUGAAGAGGAAGUCGCCAUUUCUGAGACUGCUGAGCGCUACUGCCAGGAGCGCAUGCUGCCGCGUGUCCUCCAGGCCUACCGCGAUGAGCAAUACGAUCAGAAGAUCCUUGAGGAGAUGGGCGAGCUGGGGCUCCUCGGAGCAACGAUCGAGGGAUAUGGGUGCGCCGGUGUGUCUACCGUUGCUGGAGGACUCAUCACAAAGGCCGUCGAGAGAGUCGACAGUGGCUACCGCUCUGGCAUGUCCGUCCAGUCGUCGCUUGUCAUGGGCGGUAUCGCCGAGUUCGGCACGGAAGAGCAAAAGGAGAGAUUUCUGCCCAAAAUGGCCACGGGAAAGAUGCUAGGCGCGUUUGGUCUGACAGAGCCCAACCACGGCAGCGACCCCGGGUCCAUGGAGACGACAGCCAAGCCUCAUCCGACCAAGGAAGGCUACUACUCUCUUUCUGGUGCCAAGACGUGGAUCACGAACUCGCCGAUUGCCGAUGUGUUGAUGAUCUGGGCAAAGUUGCAAGAGACAGGCAAGAUCAGAGGGUUCCUGGUUGAACGCUCUCAGUGCCCGCCCGGCACCCUCGAGACGCCGCCCAUCAAGAAUAAGAACGGCUUGCGAGCUUCCAUCACGGGCAUGAUCCAGCUCGACGAUGUCCCCGUACCCAAGGAAAACAUGUUUCCUUCUGUUGAAGGACUCCGAGGCCCCUUCUCGUGUCUCAACAGCGCGAGAUACGGUAUUUCCCUGGGCGUCAUCGGCGCCCUCGAGGACUGCAUCGCGCGCGCCAGGACGUACUCGCUUGAGCGGAAGCAGUUCAAGGGUAACCCCAUCGCCAAGUACCAGCUCGUCCAGAAGAAGCUGGCCGAUGCAGCGACGGAUGCGGCGUACGGCACCGUCGCCGCGAUCCAGGUUGGCAGGCUCAAGGACGAGGGCAAGGCGACGCCUGAAAUGAUUAGCAUGGUCAAGCGCCAGAACUGCGAUCGGGCGCUGCAGAAUGCACGCGUACUGCAGGAGAUCUUUGGUGGCAAUGCUGUUAGUGACGAGUAUGGUAUUGGGCGCCACGUCGCCAAUCUCUUCGUGACGCAGACGUACGAGGGACAAAGUGAUAUUCACAGUCUCAUUCUGGGCCGUGCCAUCACUGGUAUCCAAGCAUUCGUGUAA